GCGCGCAGGCCGCCUGGCACUGCGCGCCGCGAGACAGAAUAGGAAGACGUUUUAUGAUCAGCUGCGGGAGCACAAUAAGGCUGCAGCUUUGCUAGGGGGUCGGAGGAGACCGCGAUCAACUUCUGUCUGAGUCAGGAAACGUCCAAGACAAAACCCUCCCUUAGUACAUUUCUGGACACUUGCAGCCUGCAGCUCUUUUGCUGUGAUAUUCCAAAAAAGAAAGAAGGCGCCUUGAAGGAGCUCUUGCCCCUGUUCUUUGCCUCUGGUUUUGUUGGUGAGGAUAUCACAGUGAUGUCUGCAUUCAACCUGCUGCAUUUGGUGACAAAGAGCCAGCCAGUGGCCCUGCGAGCCUGUGGGCUUCCCUCAGGGUCAUGUAGGGAUAAAAAAGACUGUAAGGUGGUCUUUUCCCAGGAGGAGCUGAGGAAGCGGCUGACACCCUUGCAGUACCAUGUCACUCAGGAGAAAGGGACUGAAAGUGCCUUUGAGGGGGAGUACACACAUCAUAAAGCUCAAGGAAUAUACAAAUGUGUUGUUUGUGGAACUCCUUUAUUCAAGUCAGAAACAAAGUUUGACUCCAAUUCAGGUUGGCCUUCCUUCUACGAUGUGAUUAGUCCCGAUGCAAUUACUUUCACUGAUGAUUUCUCCUAUGGGAUGCACAGGGUUGAAACGUCCUGCAGUCAGUGCGGUGCUCACCUGGGGCAUAUUUUUGAUGACGGACCUCGUCCAACUGGCAAACGAUACUGCACAAACUCUGCUUCAUUAUCUUUCAAACCAGUAGACAAGAACAACGCUGGAGAAGGCAGCGGUAACACCCGUCCUGCCCAAACAGGCAAAGCUGAGCUGUAGGACAAAGCAAGGCCUGCAGAAAACUGUUCGGAUCCCACACAGCUUACAAGGAAUGUUCUCUGAAUUGCCUGCUAUCUUAUAUCCUAAGAAUGUUUAAAUGCUUGAAACCGUUCUGCAUCAUCCUUUUUUCUUCCCCUCUCUUUUGGAAUUGAGGCCUUGCUUGCCAGUGUAUUUUGCUAUGUAAUUGGAUUUAAAAAUGUGUUGACUGAAUCCAGGGAUUUUCCCUUUUUUUUUUUUUUUUUUUGGAGAUUGCUUUGGGGAAUCCUUAAAUCAAGAGGCUUUUGCACCAUUAGUUUCUUCUUAAUGCUGUGUUACUCUAGGUUUGAACGGUUUUCCUUUUUGUUAGGGAGAUGGGAACUGUGGCUAUCACCCGUCUAUAGGAAACUUCUGGGCGUAAGAAAAUCCUGAAUUCCCAGCACAUCUAUGCUUUGUUCUGACUUGUGAGGCAUGCAGCCUUUGGACAUAUGUAUUCAACCAUCUUCCAGUAUCAACCGCACCCUGCAAAAACUUGUACUUAUGGCUGUUCCUUCCCAACUGAGAGAGAUAGAUUAGAUGUAAAGCCCAUCCUUUGGCUAAUUUACUGCCAAAAUUUCAAGGGUGUGGUUGAACAGAUGUAAGCAUUGUCUCAGCAUCUAUUUUUCCCCUUUGUUCAGUAUUUAAAUCAAGGUUUUAACUAGCAAGGCUCACUUACGCAGGUCACUAAUGAGACACUGUCUGUUUUUGUGAGGCCUGUUCUGCAGCUAUGACUCAGUUCUGAAUUAAAGUUGAAAUCUGCAGGGGGUAAUUGUACAGACAAGUGCAGAGAUAAACUGGAGAACUGAACAAGAUGAGGGAUGACACUAAGCUCUUCAUCUUGUUGGUCGCUACAAGGGUUCAGAAACAUGACAGUUUCAGCUAAAAGAGAGCUUAGGAAUGCAACAGAAAGUGGGACACCCUUGUGAAGUAUCCAAUUUGAAGUUUAAGCUGCCUGGACAUGUAAUGCCUACAGGGCCACAGCCUUUAUUUCGGGUAACUACACUGUGGGUCACGAGUGAGAGAGCUGAUUCAACAAAUGAAUAUGAAAAAAGCCUGGCAAAGCUCCAGAAAUUUUCACAUUGUGACAAAGUAUGCUGCCCCGCAAGAUGUUUUUCACAGCUGCUCUUAGAUUUUGUUCAAUAAAAGUUAGUCUAGAAUUAUACAUAAUACUGUUCUUUAAUCUGUAAUGAUACAGUAUUAGCAAACACCACUUUGCCUUUAAGUGCUGAGUGACUUAUGAGAUACAGUAUUUUCUUUUAUUAGCAAACUUUGUGACUGACAUAUUUAGAUCCAAUUUUGUUUCCAGGAGGAGCAAAACAAUAACUGAUUUUAAUGGAAGCAGGAUUGAGGUUUUUAUGUCAGUGAUAAUAAACAUUACCUGAAGUACAAACAUCCUUUAGUUAAAAUAGAGCUACUAUAAAAGCAUACAGAAUGGUCAAAAUUGCCUUUUUUAGCAACAUAAGGCAGGCAUGAAAAAUGCAUACAAUGCCUUAACGUAGGAUAGAUGCAAAUAAAGAGGCUAAAUAUUUAGAGCUAAAACAUUCAGCCUCUGUGGUAGUGAGCACCUCUUUGCAUGAGUAUUCCCCCAGAUGUCAUGCAAGCAAUUGCUCAUCAGCAACAGGAAAGGCUGUGCAGCCUGACCUUUGGUGUUUCAAGGCAGUCGGGUUUCUCCUGAUCCCAUUGCUUUUUAGCAGUUUCUUACAGAAGGAUUGCUCUUAUCCCCUGCCUUUAUUUAAAGAAAAGUAAGUUUUCUCUACCACAUUUUCUGACAUAAACUUAAAAAAGGCAGCAUCUAUAAAAAUGUGGUACAUAAAUGUGGUUUAAUUCCAGAUUGCUGUUGGAUUUAAGUGCUAUCAAAUUUCAGUGUAUUUCUGCCUUAUGUUAAAGAAAUAUAUUACUUAAACUUCAGUACGCAGUAAUGUAUGCUGUCCUACAGGAGAUUUAUUUUUGCAGGAUAUGGAGUGCAAUGAAAUGAGUCAAUAUGGUGAGGUGUAUGUGAUCUCUGGGAGUUAGACCAUUUAACAUAGGAAAUGCAUUGUUCUCUCUUGCGCGCAAACUAUACCACAGCACAGUGCAAGGUAAGACAGAUUUCCUUUUAUUGCUCUUAGAAGAUGCUAGGAAGGGCUGGUAUUAAACACUCCAAAUUUCGUUCAGUCUGGUUGUGGUCGUAACAGAGGAAACUUAGGAGCUGAGCACAAUAUAGAGAAUAUUUCUGUAUGUUAAAAUUUUGCACUGCCUAGAUGCUUAUAAAAACUGAAUGCAAAUUAUGUAGAAAUAGCAAAUUAUAUUUUAUAAUCUCUCUCUAUUGUUACUCAGAUGUUUAAAUAGCAUACCUUAAAAUAUCAUGUAAAAGUCACAUAUGUUAUUUAUAUAGAUUAUAUAUAUAAAAUAUUGCACAUGUUUUUUAUAUAUAUAUAUGUACACAUGCAUAUAUCUAUCCAAGUAUAAUUUUAGCCUUCAAUACCUUUUUAAUAACUGUAAGCCUUUCCUUAAAAGAGUUCAAUACUUU